GUCAAAAGCAAUUUAGACAGUGAUUACAAUGUCCGGGACUUCUUCGGGAACUGGCCAUCGUCAUUGUUUACUUCUCAAAGUUAAAUUAUUCUUCCUACGCUUCUCAUUGUCGACCAACGUCUCGUGAUUGAUAUACCUUAGUUGAUUUGAGCGCUUUCAACAAUGCCUCAUGCCCGUUCCAGUCAAAAGUGCGCCCCCUCAAAGGGCAGAUGAUAUUGAUCCAAAAGCAACAUGCUCAAUCAGCAGGCAGGGCGCGGGGAAGUCUCUCCAGCACUUCAGCGCAGGCAAACACCGCACACGGCUACCAGCGCCACCUUCGCUAGCCCAACACGCGACGAGCAAGACUGUCAAGCAACCAAAUGUACCUACAACUCCUGCAACGGGGCCAGGGAUCCCUCGAGCUCGAUCAAUAGUGGCGCAUACUGGUGCUCGGAUUGCUGCCAAUAGGAGCGCCGGCGUGGCAUCUUCGGGCACACUGACGACACAGGUACCAUCGAAAGGUGAUGCGCAGAAUACGAAGCCUGACCCUCAACAACGCUUGCUCAUGCCUUUUACGCGAGCAUCUUUCGAACCUCGAGCUCAAAAUGAUCGUCUUGCAAAGCCAGCCCCGCCUCGUGCAGGUAGCCACGCCAGGGCCCCUCCUUCAGUCGCCGCUCCAUUGCUGGAGAAACCUGCCUUCAACACAUAUGACAAGCACUACAGUCCCAAGAAGAUCAACAACAGGUCUGCAGGAUCUCCGACCCUUGCCAUCCCUCACGUCACUACGAAUGGUCAGCAAGGGUCAAGAAGCAUUGAACCUUCGCGUAAUGCAAAGCGCCUUUUCGUUGAUGAACUGCUGCAGUUGAGCCUUGUACAUGAUAAAGCUGGACCAACCCUUCGGGGAUACGAGGCGAGCAUCACAGUGCAACUCGAUGCCGCAGCCGUGGCGAUCACAAGAGACAUCGCUAGACUAGUGGACCUGGAGCGCGCUCGGCAGUCUCACGUCAACGCAGAGGCGGUCAUCAGAUGGAUCGGACCAGUGGAUGUUCUAUCAACCGUACAGAAGGGCGAGGGCAGGUUGCUUGCUGUGGCGCAUUGUGUGAAAGAGUUGAAUGAGACAGUACAAGAGGACGGACCUCUGCAAAAGGUUAUGCAAGAAUUUGUCCAAUGGCACGUGCUCGUGUCUUCUAAAGGAAAGAACCGCGAUGUGUUUGACGGCAAACAAGAGAAAACACUUUCCGCCGCGCCAAUGAACUCAUCGUGGGCAGCCUUGGUCGACUCCAUCCAGGCUAAGGUCACUGCCUGCAGGGACUUGUUAGCCGAAGUACAAGAAGCAUCAUCAGACGAAUCGUCCAUGGGUAGGUUGAUCACCAUGCACCACAGACCUGCUGCCCAAAUACUGCAAGCGAUCGAUACCUGCAGGACAGUGGAGGGCCUGAUUUUGCGACGAGAAAUGGAUUGGAUGCAAACCUCACUUACAAAUGCUAUUGACGAGGCCGAGAGACAUGACUUUGCACCAGAGUAUCCUAAGUGCGAUAGGACAGGUGUAUGGAAUACCUUCACAUUCGGAUGAGCUAUCAAGACGAGAUUCAUGAGCACGGGAGCAAUGUCCCAUGUCCAACCGUCCUG